CAUUAACCCACCGGCCCCGCCGCGCAACCGCCUGCCAGGCCCAGACCCGAGUGUCCGCACCCGGGACCCGCGGGCACCGCCGUGUUCCUGCGGGAUGGAGGGUGAUACGUCUGCCAGGCCCUGGGACCGAGGAGCAGAGCAGGGGGCGGCCGGGGGGCUGCCCAGCUCCAGCCCCCACUGGGACCCCCCCACGGGCUGUGGGGACAGGCCCAUGGUGGCGGUUGCCAACACGGCCUUUGAGGGGGACCCGCCGCCCUACUCGCCCCCGGACCCCAAGAGCGUUCACCUCCUCUACCUGCCACUCCCGGCCGGAUUCUCCCAGCAAACACCCAUUGUCUACCAGCCAGGACCAGGACCAGGACCCUUCCCACCCCAGGGCAUCCUGCCGGCCCCCCUGCCCUACCCCACCUACAAUGGGCAGCCGAGCACGAGCCCAUCGCCCGCCGACCACAGGCAGUGCCCGCCCAAGGACUACAUGGUGGAGUCGGUGCUGGUGACCAUCUUCUGCUGCCUGCUCACCGGGGUCCUCGCCCUGGUCUACUCCCACAAGACACGGGCUGCGAUUGGCCGCGGGGACAUGGCCCAGGCAAACGUGGCAUCUAGAAAGACCCAGUCGCUGGUCCUCUUCAGCCUGCUCUUCGGUUUGUUUGCCUCCAUCAGCUGGGUCAUCUACGUCCUGGUGGCCCUGUACCUGUGACGGGGCCCCGAGCCCCAGGGACACGGUGGGUGCUGGGGGCUCCUUGCAGCUCCCCAUGGCCUGGGUGGAGCGGCCACAGCCCCCACGUGGCAUCACCAUGGGUGACCACAAAGGAUUAUCGGACCAAGGCGC